AUGGCCACUUCUAUGGCUACAAAUAUCGUUGCUGAUGGGUUCACGAGCAAAUCAAGACUAAAAAACGCCAAGGUACGUCACGAAAUAUCUCUCAAACUACAAACGCCGGCCAUGUUGUAAUAUUAUACCUUAUUGUUUGGCUUCGAAUACGCGCUUAAAUCUUCGAUUCUCUUUCGGUUUUUAGGUUAAAAAUCCACCAAAAUGCGGAGCCUUUAAAGAAAGACCCGCAGCCAAAACAAGCUUCCGAAAAUUUUACGAAAGAGGCGAUUUCCCUAUCGCUCUAGAGCACGACACAAAAGGCAACAAAAUUGCGUGGAAGGUCGAACUUGAGAAGCUGGACUACCAUCAUUAUCUGCCGUUGUUCUUCGAUGGUCUGCGAGAAACCGAGCACCCAUACGAGUUCUUUGCGAGGCAAGGCGUUCAUGAUAUGCUAGAGCACGGAGGACAGAAGAUUCUGCCUGUUGUCCCACAGCUUAUAAUUCCUUUGAAAAGCGCCUUGAAUACAAGAAAUCACAAAGUCGUGUGCACUACUUUGAAAGUACUACAACAUCUGGUCGUCUCGGGGGAAAUGGUUGGCGAAGCGCUAGUGCCUUACUAUCGCCAAAUUCUGCCAAUUUUAAAUAUCUUUAAGAAUAAAAAUAUAAAUUGUGGGGAUCGCAUCGACUACAGUCAACAACGUCGUGAAAACAUGGGCGAUCUUAUCCAAGAGACACUGGAAAGUUUUGAACGCACUGGAGGCGAGGACGCUUUUAUAAAUAUCAAAUAUAUGGUGCCUACAUACGAGUCCUGUAUGUUAAACUAAUUUAAAACGAAACUGUAUAUUAGGACGUGUAUUGUAUACUCAACAAUGUGAAUAAACUGCUUUUAGAAGUUUUAUAUAUAUAUAUAUAUAUAUAUAUAUAUAUAUAUAUAUAUAUAGAUAUAUAUAUAGAUAUAUAGCCUAGACCCUAGUAAUUCAUAUAUUUUAUUCUAAUGUUUCUGCGAAAUGCGAUGUAUUAUAUGAUCAUGUUCUAAGAAUCUAGUUAUUUUUUAGAUUUUGGUUUAACGCAUGUAGACUGCUUGAACAGUAAACAGUAUGUUUUGAUGUUUAAAAAUGAUAAAUAUUUUUACGUAUCUAUGUUUGAUUUAUUUGGUUUCAUUAUUAAUUAAUGAUGCUACAAGCUGUUUUCACAAACACCCGGAUAUUCCGUUUAUAUACACAUUGAAUAACGUCGGUCCCAGAACUGAUCCUUGUGGGACUCCAUAGCUUAAGCCUGGUUCACAUUGAUCGUAAACAUCGGCAAUGCCCAUUGUCGGUGGUCAUUGAUGCAUAAAAUGUUUUGUGCAUUUUCUUCUUCGUUGCUCACAGGCAAUGGAUCGUAGAACAUCGCGAUCAAUGUGAACCAGGCUUUAUACUUCCCUUCAAACAUUAAUUAUAAUUCAUAAGUUUAUUGGCAAAUUAUGUCAACCAUAAUAUGUCACGUGAAGAGACUUUAGUCUUUACUGAUACCUGAUAAAACUCAUCUUCAUUAGUUUCUUUAUACAAAAGUCCAUUCUAAUCCAUAAUCUUUAUAUAAAGGUUUCGCACCAUAUUUCAUAAGCUUAUUUAGGAGAACUUUACGGUUUAUCAGUAUCAAACGCUUUCCUAAUAUGUCAUGGCAACGAACAUAUUUUGCCUUAAUUUUUUCACACAUCGUGCGGGUCCUCAUGAUUUCUAGAGGGGUGCUAGACUUUUCUAGAGGGGUGCUAGACUUCCAGAGGGGUGCUAGACUUCUAGAGGGGUGCUAAACAGAUGCGCUUCUGACUGACAGAAAUGUGUUCUUUGAACAUACCUUAUGGCUUUGUACGUUCCUGGCUGCCUUGUUUUAGCAAUACCGAAACGUCUUUGUUAUCGGAAAUAGGCGUAUUCAAAUAAAUAAAUAAAUUCGCUGGCAAUAAUACUUUUCUUUCGCGGAGUAGCAAUAGAGAGUUUGGUAAAUACCAGGGCAACGGCAAUAUGAAUCAACAAUAGCAUUAAUCCUCAAAGACAAAGGCGAAUGUAAAUUACAUGGUCUUAAGCGUUGUGCAAUGCCGUAGUCGGUUGAAACUACUAAACUAGUACGUGAUUUGCACGGUGCAUGACUACGGCAACAGUUAAUUCGUUCGAUGUUAUUUGAGGUGUUUUAUUUGAAUUCGCGGACUAUUUGUACUUAUGGGUACGUUUGAAAGAAACAGGAAUACUUAAAGAGGCAAAUUAAGUGUAGUAACGUAUACUGUGGCUCAAAUACAACAAUAUAAGCAAUUCUAUUUUCGCCAUUGUCGUUGCCGCUCUAGGUUGCCAAACUCUCUAAUGGCGAUAAAAUGAUAACAAGUUUUGUGUUUUUCGAUGUGCGUAACAUCCACAUAAGUAUUUUGUCAAAACUUGAUUCAGUUUGAUGCAGUCAGGGACGCCGGAAAGUCGAUAAUUGGGGGGGGGGGCAGAUAUUCAUAUAUUCAUUUUCUGCAUCAUUUAUUUCCUUUGAAAGCGAUUGUUUUUACAGUCUGUGAACACAAAUAUAUGAAUAUCAGCCCCCCAAUUAUCGACUUUCCGGCGUCCCUGGAUGCAGCAGUUUGGCUUUUUCAAAAAAAUCCGAUAUUCUAUUGGCGGCAUGUACCGCUAUUUGCUUUAACCGAUCUCCUCUACGUACUUUCCAGAAUCGUGUAUUUGAGUCACAUAUGAUUUGAGUGGACGAAAUAUUUUCAAUACACCCCUUCGAUAAUAGGCAAUUCCAGCUUUUAGUUUAUGCGUGCAGGGGACGAUGGGAAGUAAGGUAUCACAUUGCUGAUUUGUAUGCUGAAAAAAUAGAAAUGGUGGCCGUGUAAACACGGAGUGAUAGCUUAUACUUGUAAAUAUUGAAAUGUUUCGGUAGUUUUUAUUGACAUUUUUCAGCAUAAUCAGCACUAUGAUACCUUACUUCCCAUCAUCCCCUGCAGGCAUGAACUAAAUGGAUUGCCUAUUACGUCAUUUGGCCUGGGAGCCUCGCUAUGAAUCGUGAGCCAAUCACCGAGCUGCACUUGGAGCUCCACGAAUCCACGAUCACAAAAGUAUGUGUGACGUUUGUGUGACGUAAUUAUCGAAGGGGUGUAUCUUUCUCGUGCUGUUAGGUUUUUCAAAACUAAACAAUUCGAACUUGGAAGAGAAGCUGUGAAAUAUAUACAAGUGAAGAAGAUUUUAGACGUUUCGCCUCUGGAACCAGGGUAUAAGGUAUGAAGAAAUUCAUAAUGUUCGUCAAAAGUUUUAUUAAAUCAUAUUAUUUUGACCUUGUAAGCCAAUGGUCACUGUAAGUACUUCUGUACUUCAGUGUAUCUUGUGUUAAUGUAUUUGUAUUUAAAUGUCUAACCAUACUCGACCAUAUUUAAAUAUCUAGCCAUAUACUCAACCAUACUCGUGCACUUUUUUAGAACAUUUAAAAAGAGUUUAAAAUUUAAAAAGAAUGGUUUGUUUUUCUUCCCCUACCAGCAGUUGCGACAUCAGUUUUGAACGGUAGAUUGAUAAAAUUUUAUCUGGUUCACCAUUCAUAUCACUAUUAGGACAUUACUAUAUACUAACGCCUUCCCGGCUAAAAUAUUAUAAAAUUUUAGAUUUUCAGUCAACUUUGUCUUUCAUUUUUUGCCUGUAUUAGUAAAUAUGUAAAGAGGAAAUCGCUGGCACUGCCAGAGAUUCACGACAACUGAAACUAAAAUAUGCUUUACGCCUUUAGUCUUUACUUUAUAUAUCGCAUAGUUCUAUCAGUUCUUAUCCUAUGUAUAUACUAAUUCUAAACGCCGUGGCGCUCCAGCGUAGAGAGUUUACAUAAAAUAGCGGCGUUCUGGAUUGUAUAUAUUAUCUGAAAGAUAGAAAUAAAACUCCACGAUUUGAGCAAAGUGUCCAAAGACCCUUCUCAGGAGAUUUAAUAGUAGGCAGAAAAAGUACAAAGAAAACUGCGGGUGUUUGUCAAACUAAACAUGCGAAAUUAUAGUCAGAUAACCGUAAAAUAUGCUGGAAUCAAAUCUUACUAGGGGAAAUGGAGACUGCCUUAGCGAACGAAAAGAAAUAUGACGCCGUUUUGCAAGCAUAUUAAAGAAAUAAUCUAUGUUCAAAUGAGGAACUCAAUAUAGCUGACUAGUCACAAAAUGAUAUGACGUCAUUGUAUCGACGAAGCUCAUUCGAGCAUACGACAAACAUCAAGAUGGCGGUUAUCAUGCAAGGAGUGAGAACUUUUUUCUUUUUUUUUUAUGAAGUUUUCCCUAUGUACAAUUUUUUUUUAUAUAAAGAUAGAUUUCUAAUAAAAAUGUUGGGCUAGGAACCUACCAGAAACCUUUACAGGCCCCUAGUUUUGUUCAUGUUAUGAAAAUUUAUCAAUAUAAUUAUACAGACAUUGUUCAAAGAAUAAAAAAAGUUUUAAAAUGUAUAGAACUAUUUACAAAUUAACGAAGGAAAUGUGAUGUUGAAUACAGGCCGUUUGUUUUUCCUUAAAAGCUUCAUUUAGAAGAAAAUGUUGUUUAAUUUGUUUUUUAAAGGUACUUAACGAAUUUAUACUUUUGAAAUUUGGAUCUAGUUUAUUCCAUAUUUCAACUCCUUUGGUUGAUAAAGUUUCUUUUACAUAAUUUUUCUAUUAUAUGUUCUGUUAUUAAUAUUUAAUACCAGUCAGUGAACUCCAUGUCUUUUAUGUUUAUCCAUGGUACAGUAAAUAGAUUGAGUUCACAGAGAAUUACCAGCAUUUAUACUGACUCUUUUUCAAUCCUUAUUAAUCAGACUUUGUACACAGUUCUUAAUAGUCAGUGAUUUUAGGCCGAGGGAAUUAAAGUCAUGUAGAAUACCGUCCUCCGCCCGCAUGUCCAAAAUGCUGCCACAAAAAAAUCAUUAUUUCAAAAUUUUCAUUAUUUCAAGAAUUAUGUAUACUUUAAAGUUUAAACUAUAACUCGUCGCAGAAGUCAUGUAUUAAGGGUAAAGUCUACCUGUGCGGCAAAACUCCACUCGUAUAGGUACUAUUCAACGCCAUAUAAACCGAUUACCGACGAUGUGUGUGUUCCGAAAGCCUUCCGAUGUGGUCGGCCAAUAAACGUUGAUGAACUACGCAUAUCUAAACUCUUUUCAAAUUUUGAUUUAUUCGCUUUAAAUGAAACUAGACCAGACAAUACCAUUUCGGAUGGCUUAGUGAAUAUUAGUGGCUACGAUAUAUAGUCAGGAAAGAUCGAUCUCGCCGAGGGGGUAGUGUAUGUAUUUACCUUCGCACUUCUAUUAACUAUAAAAUUCGAAAUGAACUAGUUCCUGAAGGUAUCGAAGCAGUAUGUUUGGAGAUUUGCAAACCAAAUAGCAAAAAUUUUAUUGUUGCAUCAGUUGCAUCUGUCUAUCACCCACCAGUCGGGCAGAUUCCACACCUGAGUUCUUUGUUGAAUUUGAAAAGAUGAUCAAAUUGAUUGAUGACGAAAACAAAGAACUGCAUAUCUUAGGACUUAGGGGAUUUAAACUGUAACUUGCUUAAUAUUAAUUCUAACCAACCAACUAAAACCCUGAAAGCUAUAUUAGAAACAUACCAGCUAUCCCAACUUAUUACUGAGGCGACACGAAUAACAGACAUUUCUUGUACUAUUAUAGAUCACUAUAUACAUGUAUAACAUCUAUGCCAGAGAAAAUUAAUUCGACUGGCGUAAUUCAUACGGGAAUUAGUGAUCAUAGCUUAAUUUAUGAAUUAUGGCAUAAGAAAAAUCAAUCGCAUUAUGUCUGCACGCGAAGAGACUAGGAAUGUUGAGGUUAGAAACAUGAAAAGGUUUAGUCCUAAUUCUUUUAACGAGGAUCUUCUUGCCCAGCCGUGGGAGCACAUUGUUUUGGAACCAGAUACGGCAGAUACCGAUUCUAUGUGGGCCCUUUGGAAAAAGUUAUUUUCGGAAGUCUUGGACAAGCAUGCCCCUGUCCGACAUAUUAGGAAAAGAAAAUCCGCUGUCCCGUGGCUGACUGGGGAAAUUAAAAAAAUGAUUUUUGAAAGAGAUAAAUUAAAGCGUAAAGCAAUGGUGACGGGUUCCCGUGUUGCCUGGGAUGAGUACAAAACAACUAGGAAUAAGGUUAAUAUUUCCCUACGACAAACUAGAGCAGAUUAUUUUCGUACUAAAAUAUCCAAUCAAAACAAUAAUCCGAAAAAAGCUUGGAAGACUAUCAACAAUUUACUCGGUCGUUCUUCAAGUAACACCGUUGUAAGUGAAUUAAAGUUUAAUGAUGCAAAAAUUACCUCAUCUGAAAAAAAUGCCAAUGCUUUUAACACGUAUUUUACCGAGAUUGGCCCUAAACUAGCUAUAGUUCUAUGGAUGAUACUGACAUAACGUUUGAACGUUUCGUCAAACCAGCUACAUAAAAAAUGUCACGUUUUAAGUUAGUUUCACAUACUAAAGUAUACUUAAGCUUCUUAACGAUGAUGAUAACUUGAUACUUUCUGAAAUGGUUUUCGUAAAUCUCAUUCAACUGCUUCGGCUCUUUUGGAUUGCACGAAUAGUUGGUACGUUAAUAUAGACAGGAAAAUGUUUAAUUUGAUUGUAUUAUUGGAUCUAAAAAAGGCUUUUGAUACCGUUAACCAUGAUAUUUUGAUGCGUAAACUUGAGUUAUACGGCAUCACUGGCAGCGCCUUAACCAUGAUGCAAUCAUAUUUGACUGAUCGCAAACAGAAAUGCCAACUAGGAGAUGUAGUAUCAUCCGAGCGGCAUGUGACAUGCGGUGAUUCCUUAGGAGUCCAUUCUUGGUCCACUUCUCUUCCUUUUAUACAUAAAUGAUCUUCCGGAAUGUCUUAAUCAAACAACCCCUCUGUUAUUUGCUGAUGACACCAAUAGUUUCGGUAGCUGGUGAGCCCGGUCCAUAUAGAGGAGGUUGAGUUGGCCAUGAAUAAUGAUCUUCUUUGUGUAAAUGCAUGGCUUUUGGCAAAUAAAUUGAGUCUCAAUGCUUCAAAAACCGCAUUUAUACUUAUUGGUUCAAGUCAUAGAUUAAAGAACCUUACCAAACAGCCGAAUAUAAAAAUAGAUCAAGACAAAAUUAAGCAAGUUCACCAUAGUAGACUACUUGGGGUUGAAAUUGAUGAAAAAUUGUCUUGGAACAAGCAUGUUGAAAACGUAGCCAAAAAAGGCUACUUCCGGCAUGGGAGCAAUAAGAAGAAUCCGAGAUUUUGUGGAUAGAGAAACCUUGAUCUCUAUCUACAAUGCAUUAGUUUGUCCUCAUUUUGAUUAUUGCAGUGAGGUAUGGGAUACCCUGGGCAUUGGUCUUUCAACUCGACUUCAAAAACUUCAGAAUAGAGCUGCAAGGAUAAUAUUGAGUAUGAAAAAUGAUACCCCUGGAUUAGAAGUAUUUUCUGCUUUAGGGUGGGAAACUCUUGAGUCUCAACGAACCAAGUCAAAAGCAAUUCAAAUGUAUAAAGUUUUAAAUGAUUUGGCUCCAAACGCACUUGUCAAUCUUGUGCGCAAAAGUGACAUCACAGAUUAUGAGCUCAGGGGCUCCACUACCUCUCUGCAAAUACCUUUUCCCAGAACUGAAAAUCUAAAAAAAUGUUUUUCUUAUGAUGGGGCGAAAUUGUGGAAUUCCUUACUGAUAUGACUUUAAUUCCCUCGGCCUUAUAAAUACGAACAACUAUUAAUUGUGGACUUGCAGUAUACAGUUUUUGUUUUGAAGUUGUAUCAUGGUAAGUCACACACAUUUUUGGCAGUCAACGCAGUCAAAUAAAGCCAUAAACAAAAAUUUGAAUAAUGCAUAUUACCAUUAUUAAUUAAAAUACGAGUAAUAUAUACGAAUUUAGUAAAAAAUAUAUGAACUACAGUAUACUCGUAGUGUUUUUUUUUAUAUUAAUGUAUCAGUAAGGAUAACUUUAACAUGUAAGAUCAUUGAUCAUAACAACCUUUUAAAACUCAUAUAAUGAAGGAUUACCAUUAUGACAACUUCGAAAUAAAAACUAUAUGCUGCAAGUCCCCAAUAGUUGUUCGUAUUUAUCAAAUCACCGACUGAGACCUGCUUACAAAGUCUGAUUUAAAAUAAGGAUUGAAAAAGAGUCAGUAUAAAUAAUUCUCACUCCUUGAUAACCACCAUGCAUUUGAAUUUUGUUAUGUGAACUUUGUAAGUUCUUACGAUCACUAACAUGCAGUGACGUCAUGUCAUUUUGAGGCCAGUACGCAAAAUAACUUCUUCCACCUGCUAUAUGUAAUAUGUAUAUAUGUAUUUACUCAAUUAAAUUUUUGGUGCUGCGGCGCUUAUUAGAAGGUAGCGUUUAUUGAAGGACAUCGUUUAUUGUAAAUCUGUUGGAAAGAGAACUGAAACGAGUAGAGCAAUGAAAUAUAGUCACUUAGUCAAACUAAAAAAAAUAAUUGUAUUCAAAAAGAAUAAAUUUGCAAAGCUAAAUUUCCACAAUUUUCAGUAGUACUGAAUUGCUGAACAUUGGAUUUUUUUCAACAGGGAUGGACUGCAAUAAUACAUCAGUGAAGAUAAAGGAAUUGAUUCAGCUCCUGUUUCCUCGUCAGCUAGACAAAUCUGAUUGGUUGGUAAAAUGUCUUGCAAUCCUAAUAUUCAUUCUAAUCUUACUUAUCCCAGUACUCCUUGUAUGCUUUGGAUACCAUUUGCAUAUGCAGAUGGAUCCAGAGAACUACUUCAUAUAUGACGAUUAUACAGGAAAUGGUACACAGUUGACAAGGCCGAUGUGGAUGAUGUUUCGGCGGGGGACAUGCCCACAUGAUGUAAACUCGUUUGGCUCAACUUUACAGCCGAAGGUUUACAACUUGACGUUCCAGACAUGAACGGUCCUGCCUAACAUACAAUAAUUGUUGCAAAAAUACACGUGUGAAAAAAGAAUGUUCCAAAAAAUACCCCCAAAGAGAAACAAUCUGGUGGUACACAGUGACACAGUCAUGAUGGAUAGAUAGAGACUUUAUUUAAAGAGGGUAUAUAGGACAAUACAUUUAUAAUAAAUAAGAACAUUAGCUAUAUUAUAAUUAUAUAUUACUUAAAUUUGAAAUCAGGAAAAGAUGUAAAUUGUUUAAAUUCACUCUGGUGCGUAUGAUAAGGUUGCAAAACUGAAGGCGUCUUGUGAAGUGUUCGAUGCAAAGAUAGAUUGCCAGGAAACGACAAGUAAAAAAAUAAGUAGGGCGCAUUGGGGCGCAUUGCGGCUCAAUGGGUUAAGGAGGUGAAACGAGGGAAUAUCUCAUUUUAUAAGAAAAAAAGAGUUAUUCGUCUUUUUUAAAUAUAUUUGAUACACUUAGAAUUAGAAUAAAGUGCUAAUCUCUUCAGUGUGACCAGAUGUUUUUCGGUGAUUAUUACCAAAGUUGUGCCGAGGUAAAAAUAUUGUAAUGAUGAUAAUGAUAAGAAAUAACACGAAAUAAUAAUAUGUAAGUAAUGUUUACAACAUGAGCGGCCGUGUUGUAUCAGAUAUACAAACUCGAGCUGAAGGCGAGAGUUUGUAUAUCUGCUAAAACACGGACGCGAAUGUUGUAAACAACUUAAAAAACGACUCAGCUUAUGAGUUCAUUGGCGAAGUAAUUUUAAAAAUAAACGUUGUGAAAGCCGAGAAAAUCAAACUUAAAAUUUAUGUAAAUCAACAUGAAUCGGUAUCACAUAUACAGAUACGACACGCUUAUGAUCAGUUUUCUUUGUGUUUUCUUCAUGAAUUAUUAAUGAGUUUUUAAUAAUUAAUACAUGAGUCGAACCAUAAUAAGUAAUAACAUGUAGUAAUAAUAACAUAAGGGUUGAGUCGAACCAUGAGGGUUGAGUCCAGCCCACCCGUAUAUACAAUUAAUGAACGGUCCCUAAGAGAUCCUAAGCGAAAUUUAGGUUUUUCAGCCAUUCAAAAAAAGUUGUCCUUUGUAGUUUGCAAACCUUAAACUUUAUUAACCUUAAAGAGUGCAAAGCUUAAAUGGGAGCACACGUUUCAAACCUAGUAGUUGAAUAUUGCAGAUAUUUUCCAUGUCUCUGCGAAAUGGGCCCCAUACAAUAAUAAUAACUUUAUUCCAAUCAAAAUACCAAUAUUAAAUGGUGAAUACAACAUGUAGGAAUACAACAUACAUGAUUUCUAAACUGUUAAAUGAUGCUCCCAUUAUGCUUUGCAAAGAAAGAGUAUGCUUUGCUUAGAGUUUAAGGUUUAGUUUUUAGAGUUUAAGGCUUGCAAAGGACAACCUUUUUCUGAAUUAGCUGUAUAUAUAUGAGCGUGCUCAUGAGAUACCAAAAUAAAGUAUGCUCAUAAGCAUGCUCAUAUAUGUACCAAAAUCCAAUACGCUCAUGAGCAAUCUCGUAAAUACCAAAAUCCAUUAUCCUCAUAAGAAUGCUUAUCGGCAUUUUACUGUAUUUUGGUAUAUAAAUUAACGUGCUCAUGAGCAUACCAAAAUAACGUAUGCUCAUAUUAAAGCACGCUCAUAUAUGUACUAAAAUCCAGUACCCUCAUAUAUAUCAAAAUCCGUUGGCAUGCACCCCCGGGAAAAUUUUGAAGUCAAGUCCCUGAAACACUAUUUCAAGCAUUUUUGGGGUAAAAUCUUGCAGACAGACAUGAAUUUUCCCAGACAUUUCUCCUCGGAAUUAAAUAAACAGUUGGAAAAGUCACUUUGAAAACAGGAGGAGGGGUCAGUGUCACCAUAUUUCCCCUCUGUGAUGCUGGGAGGAGAAAUUCCCAAUGUGAUUUUGAUCAGAAAUGUUGCAUUUAAACUAAACUAAAUAUAUUCUUCUUGGAACCAUAUUUACAACUGCUUUAACAAGAUUUUACAAAUAAAGUUUCUCCAGUAACGUCGUCGUUUUCCUCAGCCGAGAUGUACUUAGUCAGUUUCAGCUUCGAGCAUGUAACGCGUACCCCCGCCCCAUUUCUCUACGGAUUUAGCCCUUUUGAGAGAAUGGGUUUUUUGGGGGGGCGACCGCUCGUCCCCGCCACUGCUCUAAUCAUAACGUUCCCGCUUUUUUGUGCUUUUUUUCAAAUAUACAUUUGGUAAUGAUUUGUGGCCGGGCAUAUUUUUCAAGUUCGCCCGUUGUGGAUAUACACUCAGAGUAACACCACAAAUAUCAAUAUCUUAUUUUUCACCCUGCUCGGUUUCCUUUGUUCUUAUCGGGGAAUAUAUUCAAUAUUCCACUCUAUUCAAUUUCCGUUUAAUAAUCCCCUCUAAUAUUCACCUGCAAUUAAUAAUCCCCUCUAAUAUUCACCUGCAAUUAAUAAUCCCCUCUAAUAUUCACCUGCAAUGUCUUUGCAGCACAAAAAAUGAGAAAAAACAACAUCGCAAAAGCAAUAUGGCAUUGAGAAUUAUUUCUUUUCUGACUCAUUAACGCUACCUCGCAGUGUGAAAAAUAAGUACGUUAUUUUGAGGCACCUCGGGGAUAUGUGUUUAUUCACCUCGGCGCUGCGCGCCUCGGUGAAUAAAUCACAUAUCCCCUCGUUGCCUCAAAAUAACCUAUACAUAUUCACAUUGGUAAAUUGUUAACCCCCCCCCCAGUGAACUGACCCCCCAAUAAAAAAAUUCAAUAUGGCCGAUAAUGCGAAGUGCAUUUACGAUAAACAAACGGAAAUUUUAUGCGAUUUAUGAAACUUUAUUCUAAUUAUAAGACGGAUUCAAGGAAACUGGUCUGUUGAUUUAUUUAAUAUGGCCUUUCGGACUCGAUAAAUUUGAGAGAAGCCGUUCAAUUUCAUACUACAAGUCAAAUAUGAGCGGUGGACUCGCUCCUAGCAAGUCGACAAUUUACGUUGGAAAUUUGCCUUAUUCUCUGACGAACAAUGAUUUGCACAAGGUCGGUAUUUUUUUGUCGUGUUAUUGUUGAUAUUGUUGUGGCUUUUGUUGGUUAGUUGUUGUAGUUGUUUGAUAUCUAAAUGCUUUUGUAUUGGUUUUUUUUUAUGAUGUGACCCAAAUAUAGGCAAUGUAUUUAAUAAGUCUAGCCACGACGAUGAAAUAACGAUAUAUACAUAAUUGAAAAUGCUUGGUUAUCUUCGGUCCAUGCGUUUACAUUAUCAGAACAAUAGACCAUUGGAAAAUAGAUUUUGUCCUGCUUUGUAGAAUUGGUACAAAAAGGUAUUUUUCUGUGCAAAUAUAAAAUAGGGCUAGCACCAAUGUGCCAUCCCUUACCGGCUGUCCCUAUUACUUGGCCAGUGAGUUAUCAGAUAAUAUCUGGGCAGAAACUUGAGUUCAGUACUGGAGGAAAAUCUUCCAAGCACUGGGGGGAACCAAUCAAAACUGACCCAAAGACGAGAGCAAAAUGGUCACCGUACGAAAAUUUGUGGGGCUAAUAGUCCAAAGAACAAAUUGAUUAAAUUUUGGAUGAAAAUUGGAUGAGAAAUUAGCACAAAAGUUUGUCUUGCUUUCCGGGCAGACAAAACGCAAUGGGUGUAUUUAUGCAUGGUAUGUAACUUGUGCCCUCUAGUUUUUAAGGUGGAGCUUAUUAGAGAGAGGGGGGGGGGCUUUAUAGACCAUUGACUGUAAUUGAACUUUUCUUGGGUUUUUUUCAGAUUUUUGAAAAGUAUGGCAAAGUGGUCAAGUAUGUAAAUCAUAUAUUAAAUUUUUGGUGUAUUUAUAACUUUACUGCCAGAGUGAACCAGUGAUGUUUUCCAGGGGGAACGCGGGGGAACGCCGUCCCCCCACCUUUUUUACCAGGGGAACGGCGUCCCCCUGCCAAAAUCAAACAUGGGGGAACGGCGUUCCCCCUGGCAGGGAUUAACUAUGAGUGAAAUUCAGUGAACGCUGUUCGACACCGUCCAAUAAUUUUGGCUGUCACUUGUACAGUCAGUACAAACAUUGUACUACAUACGUGAUAUUUUUUACAAUAAUUGCUCCGCAGUCGAUCUAUGUAGAAAUACUUCAGAAUGUAAUUUUGUCACUAUUUUAAUCUCCCUGGAACUUGAUAUACUUGCAGAAAAUUCUAGCAGACUAGCUUGAUAUAACUACUUGUUGUCAAAAGUGUGGAUCGCGUCAGGCAGCAGCCCAGCAGGAUAUAAUUACUCUAGUCUUUCGCGCAAUCGCGAAAUUAAUUAAACAUUAAAAUGAUCAAUUGGAACAUAAAAUGAUUCAAUGAGAACAUUAACAUGAUUAAAUGGGAAAAAUUCAAGGAUAUUUAUUAUCUAAGCUUAUUUAGUUACUCGCAAAAAUUUCAUAUUUAACUUGCAAAGUUGCCUGCUUGCCGAGUUGCCGCAUACUCAGUGCUCACAUAGCGCUAAUUGCAUCGUCGAAAUUCGAAAAACAACGUAGUUUUAUUUACUUUUUGGCAUCUACCGCGAGCAAGCUAGGUGUUUUUUAGGUAUCAUGUUCUACUAAAUCCACUUCAAAGAUUAAGCUAUUACGAGUAUGUACUUGUUCGCUAUGACCGUGCAUGAGGCCACGCCCAAUCGAGUGACCACGCCCAUUUGAUUUUCAAGAGCGUCCCCCCACUUCUAAAAUUAGGAAAACAUCGCUGGAGUGAACUUCAAGUAAACUUGACCUACCAUAUUGUUACACUAUUCUAGGGUAACAAUUGUAAGAGACAAGAUAUCGAGAGAAAGUAAAGGCGUUGCUUUCAUCUUAUUUUUGGACAGAGACUCAGCCCAGAAAGCUGUCAGUGCUAUCAACAAAAAACAGGUCUGUUUGAUGGAAAUUGCCCGACCAAUACAAAAAAAAUUUCCGUGAUAAAAUUCCUUGUAGUAUCAGCCAAAAAAAUCUUUGGAAUUAAUUUUCAGAUGUUUGGUCGCACUAUCAAAUGUACUAUUGCACAGGACAAUGGACGUGCUACGGAGUUUAUUCGAAAGAAAUAUUACCCAGAUAAAACACAAUGUUAUGAAUGUGGGGUGUGUAUAAAAGUUGUUUCAUGUUAAGAUCGGAAAGGUUAGUUUUUUAACCAAUCUAAUAUUUUCUGUCAAGGACGACGGCCACCUCAGUUAUAACUGUCCAAAGAACAUGUUGGGUGAUCGAGAACCUCCACCAAAGAAAGAAAAGAGAAAGAGAAAAUAUGAAGACGAAGAAGAAGAUAAGUAUGUCUCCAGUCCAAAAUCUAAAUCAAGUUUGAAAGCGAUCUUAAUCCACUCCGAUCAUGAGCGGCCGUGUUGUAUCGGAUAUACAAACUCGAAUGGUUUGUGAAACGUCUUGAUGAGAAUAUUCGUAUUCUUCAACAAUUUAAAAUAAAUUAAUGAUUUUGUAUAUAAACACCUUCACAGUUAUGAUUUCUUUUGUGUUUUCUUCAUGAAUUAUUAAUGAUUUUCACAAUGUUUGUUAGUUACAACGUUUUAGGUCAUUUUAAAUGGAAUUUGGUAAGGGUCUUCUCCAGAACAAGCAUUUUUCUGCGUGGAAUCAUAUACUACAUCCUGUAGAAGUAACCCCUUUAGAAGUCUAUGAAAGACAUAUCUUGAAAUGUCUGUGCCAGUGUAGGUAGUGCCAAUAAUAUGAACAAGCUUUCGUUGGUACUGAAAUUCUCCUUAUAUUUUUCAGGUAAUUGCAUCCCUACCAACGAAAGCUUGUUCAUACCAAAGACAUGUACAUUUGGUUUUACUUGUGCCCCUCUCUAUUUAGACAGCAGAAUGUUGAUGAAGAUGAGGACGAGUAUAUUGAAGAUCCUUACAAUGACAGCUUAAGUGCAGCAAUUGCUGAGUCGGCAGCUUUAGCUGAACGGGAACGAAGUACGAACAAAGGAGAAAGUUCGUCCCGAGAUGUCAAACAGAGGAAAACUAUCAAGAAAGAUUCUUACUUUAGCGAUGAGGAAGAUAGCAACUAA